GUGAAUUUUCAAUACAGUUACAGAGUAUUAGCGCUAAUAUAGGCACUCAAUGACAACAAACAAGUGUUCAAUGAUUGCAUCACUACUGGAGUGUUGGCAGAGUUGGCAGACUUAGUGACUGUGUGUGUGUGUAGUGUUGUGUUGCAGUGUUUGCCCCUUCACUGUGUCCUCAUUACACCAUUACUGCAGUUGAAGUGUAAGUCUCUGUGCACUGCAGUGAAGCCAUAGCGAGAGUGAAGACAUUUUGAAUUGCAGUCCAUUUGUGAGGCAUUUGUCUGUCAAUUGAAGACCAUUUACCCGAAGAGACCAUUCAUUUGAUCCAAUUUAGUGCCAAAUAUGUAUUAUUCAGUGAAAUGUCUGAACACGCGUUCACUUAUAUCUUCAUUUGUAUCGAUGAUUAUUUUUAGUCAUACCUUCAUUUGAAUUCAUCUCCUAUUCAUUCAAUUCAUUUCAUCACUUCUUCAUUGAAUUGGAUCCAAGUUUCGCCUCAUUUGUUGAGCCCAUGAGUUGGGAUUCACUGGUUUCUCCUCACAUGAAUAGUCUGUCCUUUUGGCACAAGUAUUGCAUGAAUUCAGACAAAUUUUUAAGUGAAGGCAACUCUUUGACAAAAAUGGAUGAAUCCGAGGAUAACCGGAAGCGGAGGACUAAUCAUAUUCUCAACGAUUGGAGUAAUAAUCCGUUUGAAAGAGUGAAUCACUCGACAAACUUCGAGGACUACGCCUGUACUUCAGAUGAGACUAACUUUCUUUACCCUAACUCUACCCACAAAAAAGAUCACUUCAGCACUUCCACUCAACCCAUCACUAUUAAUAGAGAUUCUAUAUCGAAAUCAUCAAAACUGGAUCCAUUGGUUUGGAAUCAUUUAAGCGAUCAAAGAGAACAUAACUCUUCAGCAGAGGUGACGCCAUCGGGAACUCCUCAAAGUUCUCCCUAUUCUAUGCGCAAAGUUAUGGAAAACAAGAGAUUGAUUAAGACUAAUGAGAAGCCGAAGAAUGAAUUGUCUGUUAAUCAGAAGCGUUGGUUUUACACCGGAUUCUUCUCAGACAUGAAGACUGGAUUAGAAGACAAACCCAUUCCCCAAAUACCCAAAACACAGAGUUUUAAAAACCUGUGUGUUUCCAACUUUGACAUCAACGCUGUGGGGCCCACGUCUUGGCGGGAACUGUUGAUAAUAAGCACAUUAGAUGGCAAACUGUCAGCUCUGGACGUGUCUGAAGGACAUAUCAUUUGGUCCAACUCUCUGACACCACAACCACUUCUCUCGUCCACAAUCAGUGACUUCGAGAUCACCCGAAGAGGUCGAGUGGUGAAAGUCGUGCCAUCACUCGAUGGAAACCUAUAUCUCUAUAACGGGAAGACUGUCGACGGAAUACCACUGAAUGCCGACACACUUCUCAAGAGUUCCUACAAAUUAGGCGACGAUUUGGUGAUAACUGGUGGACAAGAGAGUCACAUAUCAGGCGUUGAUAUAUCGACGGGCCGUGUCUUCUACGAGUGCGGUCUCGACGGCUGUCCGACGACUCAACUGAACGAAAACGAAACCUUUGAUGACUUGGUUUUGAUUAAACGAAUCACACAAACGGUUCGUGCGAUCGAUCCCCGAAGUGGUCGACAAAAAUGGUUUUUCUCCGUAACUGAACCCCAAUUGUAUGAAAUGUCUUCGGAAUGCUCGGAUUCGGUGUCUUUUGAUGGGAAACCCAUUUCAGGACAAAGUGAUGAUAUAUCUGAAGAAACAGAUUUUAAAGUAAUAGUUCCCAACGGUUUCAUCUCAGCUCACAUUAGCAGCAAAGAUAAGGACAAAGCAGACACUAAGCGAUGGUCUCAUAUGUUUGAUUCACCACUGGUUCACGUCUGGCACUAUCGAAACGGUAGACUCAAUGCUCUUAACCUAUUCGACAAACAAAAACUGUUUGGGUUUACACACAAUGACCUGAACGCCAACGGUUUGCAACCAUCCGUUUAUGUGGGACUCUAUCGCAAUCAAUGGUAUAUCCAGUCCUCUGACAAAAUCAGGGCUCAAAUCUCUGAAACUAAGAUUACAAACGAUUUGUUGACUGCGGAACUGAAGGACAAAAAGGACUCGAAGUCUGAUUUAUUGCAAAUUGAAUGGAAACCUCAGGCCAUUGUCUUCGAGGACAACAAAAAGUUGGACUCAGAAUCAGAUCUCGAGUUCGUUUCAAGUCCUCACUUCUCGCUCUCAAUUUCGUCCGAAAAUGAUUCAAACGGUUAUUAUUUGUUUAAUGCUAUCGAAGAGAAUGAGACCAAAUGUUUGAUUAAUUCGAGUGAAGAACAAUACAAUGACUGGGAAUCAGAUAAAUGUGAAGAUGAAGGCAAUGGUUUGAUGCAACAAAUAGUGAUCGCAUCGCUUUGGCAUUACUGGCGCGAAGUGACCGCCAUUUCCAUUAUUUCGGCAUUUCUUCUCAAUUUUAUUUUCUCUCUAUUGAAACGAAAACUUAAAACUAAACUUAAAUUAUGCGAAGAAGACGUUUGCUUUAAAAGUGACUCAAAUGUGGAUCAGAGUAACAAAACUCCGUCGCCGUCCACGCCAUCCUUCUCUUCACCUUUCAAUUCAAGCAAUUCUGCAGAAAAUGUGUUUAAUUCGAGGUAUGAAACAGACUUCGAGCCAAUCCAAGUGCUGGGAAGGGGAGGCUUUGGAUUGGUGUUUGAGGCCAAACAUAUUAUCGAUGAAAGUCAUUAUGCGGUCAAAAGGAUAUACCUUCCGGUGCGCAAAGAGCACAGAGAGAAAGUGAUGCGAGAAGUGAGGGCUUUGUCUAAAUUGGAUCACUCGGGGAUUGUUAGGUAUUAUAACGCUUGGGUAGAACUACCGCCGCCCGGAUGGCAGGAAGACAAAGACAAACAGUGGGACAGUGAAGACAUUGCGUCCACACAUGAGUUCAUCAACAAAAACAAACAAAUAGUGAUCAAUAAGACGACUGUAAGUGAUGUAAAGACUUCACUUCGGUAUAGGAGACGAGAAAUGAGUUCUGAAACGAGUUUUGAAUUCAAUAAAUCUGCGCGAGUCCUAACAGAAACUCAAAGCAACCAAUCGUUUGACAUUGUUUUCGAUGAAAACGUCUCUUCAGUUAAAGUAAUUGAAAAGAAUAUGAAUGAAAAAGUGUUGCAAUCAAAAGAUAGUGACUGUAGUGAUGACAAAUCCGCUGAGAAAAGCAAUGACUUAAUUGAGAGCAAUAAUCGGCCGCUUAGUCUUAAUCCAGUGCUUCCGCGCUGUUAUCUCUACAUUCAGAUGCAAUUGUGCAGAAAAGACACUCUGAAGGACUGGCUCUUAAAUAACUCACUUAAUAGAGACUCGCAUACAGUGGUAGAUAUAUUCGACCAGAUUGUCAGUGCUGUCCAUUACGUGCAUUCAAUGGGUUUAAUGCAUCGCGAUCUCAAACCGUCAAAUAUAUUCUUUUCAAUGGACGGCAACAUAAAGAUCGGUGACUUCGGGUUAGUGACGGCCACUGCUGUCGAGGAGGAGUCACACACUCCGUCCGCACACAACUCAACCGAUGAUAUCAAUUGCUUUAUUCUUAAUCGAAGUUCCAGUUCCCACACCAAUCGUGUCGGCACUCAAUUAUAUAUGAGUCCCGAACAGAUCCAAAACCACCCGUACAGUCAUAAAGUGGAUAUAUUUUCAAUGGGAAUCAUAUUAUUCGAACUCUUAGUUCCUUUUAAGACAGAAAUGGAGAGAAACAUAAUCUUAAAUAACGCCAGAAAACAGAUAUUCCCCAAAGAUUUUAGUGACAAAUAUUGUUCAGAGUGCGAUCUCCUCAGCAAACUCUUGUCCCACAAUCCAGAGAACAGGCCCUCAACUCUUGAGAUCAAAGAACAUGAAGUUCUUAAAGAUUUGCAAUCAGUUUAUACUUUUGGUCGCCAGAGAAGUCGUACGAUUUCCCUCAAUAACGGCGACCACUUGUAACCACUUAUUCUUUUCAACCAUUAAUGUCUCCAAUUGUCACAAAAUAUAUGUUUUAUUUGACUGCAAAAUAUUUUUGUUGUAUAUAUUGUUAAUAAUUGAAUUGCUAAUAAAUUAUUUUAUAUAUUAU